UAAGCAGAAAGGAGUUUGAGCGAAAGACUCCCACGAGAUAUUUUCAAUGGGGAAAAGAUUUUAGUGUAUUUUGGAAUUACAAUGGCACUGUGGCAUAUAUGGUUGGACAUGGGACAGUUCACGCGAAGGACAAUCUGAGAGAGGAAAAUCUGAUAUUGGUGGACUCGCGCUGCGCUGGAUUUGAUCUGUCCUUAAAGGAGACGCGCGGCACAUUGGAUUUUUUUAUUUAUUUAUUUUUUGCCCUGAACUCAGAGAGUUGUAAUGUCUUGAAGCAGUGUCCGGCCCUUUUUUAAGGAUGUGCCGUGAGUGCUGAUGGAAACUGCUGCUCCAAUAUGAGUGUUCAUGAUGUUGGUGGGAGACGACGCUUUGAAGAUUCUGAGUUCACCCUGCGCAUCUACCCCGGGGUCAUCGCAGAGGGUACCAUCUACUGCCCAGUCACCGCCCGCAAGAUCACCUCAGCCGCAGAGGUCAUUGAGCAAGUCAUCAACCGGCUGCAGCUAGACCGGACGAAAUGCUACGUUCUAGCGGAAGUGAAGGAAUUUGGUGGGGAAGAAUGGAUCCUCAACCCGACCGACUGUCCCGUCCAGCGGAUGAUGCUGUGGCCUCGCAUGGCCCUGGAGAACCGCUUCAGCAGCGAGGACUACCGUUUCCUGCUGCGCGAGAAGAACCUCGAUGGCUCCAUCCACUACGGCAAUUUGCAGAUGUGGCUUCAAGUCACGGAGGAACGACGGCGUAUGGUGGAACGUGGCUUCCUGCCGCAACCCUUACCGAAGGACUUUGAUGACCUUUGUAACUUGCCAGACCUCAACGAGAAGACCUUGCUGGACAAUUUGCGUAGUCGCUUCAAGCAAGAGAAGAUCUAUACCUAUGUAGGGAGCAUCCUCAUAGUCAUCAACCCCUUUAAGUUUUUGCCCAUUUAUAACCCCAAAUAUGUCAAGAUGUACGAUAAUCAUCAGUUGGGGAAGCUGGAACCGCACAUUUACGCGGUGGCGGACGUGGCCUACCACGCUAUGCUGCAGCGCAGGCAAAAUCAAUGCAUUGUCAUUUCUGGCGAGAGUGGUUCGGGCAAGACCCAGAGCACUAACUUCCUCAUCCACCAUCUCACAGCUCUCAGCCAGAAGGGCUUUGCUAGUGGAGUGGAGCAGAUAAUUCUGGGUGCUGGACCAGUGCUGGAGGCUUUUGGCAACGCAAAAACUGCCCACAAUAACAACUCCAGCCGUUUUGGCAAGUUCAUCCAGGUGAACUAUCAGGAGAGUGGCACUGUGAGAGGAGCGUAUGUGGAGAAAUAUCUGCUGGAGAAGUCCAGGCUCGUCUAUCAGGAACACAAUGAAAGGAAUUACCAUGUGUUUUACUACCUGCUGGCAGGAGCAAGUGAAGAGGAGCGGACGACGUUCCACCUCAAAAAGCCUGAAGAAUACCAUUACCUCAAUCAGAUGACAAAGAAACCUCACAGACUGCACUGGGAAAGUUACUAUGAGAAUGAACCGGAUUGCUUCACAGUGGAAGGGGAGGAUCUUAAACACGACUUUGAGCGCUUGCAGCUGGCGAUGGAGAUGGUGGGCUUCCUCCCCACCACACGCAAACAGAUUUUCUCUCUGCUGUCAGCUAUCCUUCAUUUAGGGAAUAUCCGAUACAAGAAGAAGAUAUACCGGGAUGACUCCAUUGAUAUAUGCAAUCCUGAAGUUCUGCCUGUAGUGUCUGAGCUGCUCGAGGUCAAAGAGGAAACGCUGUUUGAGGCCCUGACAACACGGAAGACCGUAACAGUGGGCGAAAGGUUGAUAGUGCCAUACAAGCUGGCUGAGGCCGGGACGGUACGGGACUCCAUGGCUAAAUCUCUCUAUAGUGCACUUUUCGACUGGAUCGUGUUUAGGAUCAAUCAUGCCCUGCUCAACACAAGAGACUUAGAAGAAUCUGCCAAGAUCUUGUCCAUUGGAGUUCUGGAUAUCUUUGGCUUUGAAGACUAUGAGAACAACAGCUUUGAACAAUUCUGCAUCAACUUCGCCAAUGAGCGGCUUCAACACUACUUCAACCAGCACAUUUUUAAGCUGGAGCAGGAGGAGUAUUGCACAGAAGGCAUCGCCUGGCAUAACAUUGAUUACAUCGAUAACACCGGCUGCAUCAGCCUCAUCAGCAAGAAGCCCACAGCAUUGCUCCACCUACUGGACGAAGAGUGCAACUUUCCACAAGCCACCAAUCAGACCCUGCUAGACAAGUUCAAACGACAGCAUGAAGGAAAUGGCUAUAUUGAGUUUCCUGCAGUCAUGGAACCUGCCUUCAUCAUCAAACACUAUGCAGGGAAGGUCAAAUACGGAGUGAAGGACUUCAGGGAGAAGAACACAGAUCACAUGCGGCCGGACAUUGUCGCACUCCUCAAGAGCAGUAAGAACGCCUUCAUCUGUGGCCUGAUCGGUAUCGACCCGGUGGCCACCUUCCGCUGGGCUGUGCUCAGGGCAUAUUUCAGAGCCAUGGUGGCCUUCAGGGACGCUGGCAAGAGAUAUGUCGAGAAACGAAGCGGGCAUGAUGAUGCUGCUGCUCCAGUUGUGAAAACUGUGGAUAGCUUUAGUUUUCUGCAUCACCCUGUGCAUCAGAGAAGCUUAGAGAUCCUGCAGAGGUGCAAAGAGGAGAAAUACAGUGUGAACAGAAAGAGUCCUCGCAUGCCACUCUCUGACCUGCAGGGCAGCAACGCACUUUAUCAACGGGACGGCUGGAAUGGACGUCCUGGGAGGCAAAACCGUCUGUCCUCAGCUGGAUCUUUCAGCGAGGAGGACGGCAUCUUUGUCAACUCCACCAGCAGUAAACUCCUGGAGCGAGCUCACGGCAUCCUCAUGAGAAAUAAAAACUAUAAAAUGAAACCAAGUCUUCCAAAGCACUUGCUGGAUGUGAAGUCACUGAAGUACCUGAGUAACCUGACAUUACACGACCGCAUCACAAAAUCCCUGCUGCACCUUCACAAGAAAAAGAAACCGCCAAGUAUUAGUGCACAGUUCCAGGCCUCUCUUAAUAAGCUAAUGGAGACUCUCGGUCAGUCGGAGCCGUACUUUGUGAAAUGCAUACGAUCAAAUGCAGAAAAGCUCCCACUGCGUUUUCAUGAUGGCCUGGUUCUGAGACAGCUUCGCUACACAGGCAUGCUGGAGACCGUACGGAUCCGACAAUCUGGCUACAGUAUCAAGUACACUUUUCAGGACUUUGUUCGACACUUCCAUGUGCUGUUACCAGAGGGUACCUGCACCAAACAGGAAGAUAUCCGACGGUACCUGUGCCUGGUGGAUCUUGCUCCCGAAGGGUUCCAAGUGGGCCGUACCAUGGUGUUCCUCCGUGAAGUGGAGCGACAGCGAAUGCAAGACCUUCUCCAUCAGGAGGUACUGCGUCGGAUCAUUAAUCUUCCGCGUUUCAGAGCUCUUCUAGAAAGGAAGUAUUUCCUCAGAAUGAGACAAGCUGCCUGCCAGAUACAGAACUGGUGGAGGUGCUGUCAGUCGAUGCAGAGGGAUGACAUUCGUGUCCAGCAGGAGGCAGCACUCUCUAUCCAGUCAGCCUGGAGAGGCUUUAGAGAGAGGCGUAGACUCUCACUCUGGAGGGAAGCAGCCGUGGUUAUCCAGAGAAACUGGAGGCUAUAUCGACGGGGCAGAGCAGCCCUCUGGAUCCAGACUGCCUGGAGGAGGUACAGGGCAAGAGAGCUCUACCUCCAGCAGCGUGACAUCACCAUUCACCUGCAAGCAGCAAGCAGAGGAUAUCUUGCAAGGCAGAGAUUUCUUGAACUUCAAGAGCAGAAGUUAAAAAGCACUCAGUUGUCAAAUGGUCAAACCAGUCCAUUAACAGAAGAGGAGAAGUGUAGAGUCAUGGGUUUGGAUCCAAGCAUGUGGGAAGGCUCCUACGAGGAGCAGGACAGGAAUAAACAAUCCCUCGCUGGUGCAAUUGAAGUGUCUGGAAGUGAUGCACCAAGAGAAACUUUGGGACAGUUGGAGCCGGAGAUGAAAGGGGAUACGGCAGUGGUGCAACCAAUAUCUGAAGUGACAAUCCGCGAGCGACCUCGCACUCUAGAGGAUCCCAAUCACAGGACACGGGCCAAACGGGAGAGUCGUCGAAUGCGAGAACUAGAGCAAGCCAAAUUUAGCUUGGAACUUCUUAAGGUGCGGACUACCGGUGGAGCCUCUCCAUCGGAAGAGAGACGCUGGUCGAUGGAGCUGGUCAGUGAGAUCGCUCACACUCCUCAAGGUACCCCGGACAGCCAGAGCUCAAAAGGCAGCUUUGAGCUACUCAAUAUAGACGACUCUCUCAAAGAAGACCUUGGUUCUCCUAUGUCUGUGCCAGAGCAGCAGGAUUUAUUCCCCAGCAUUCCCAUGCCUGCUUUGCCCUCUGACACUCCAGAACCUAAUAUCUUUUCCGAACCAACUAGUGAACCGGAAGCUCCCAAAAUACCGAACUCUCUCCCAACCUUCUAUACCACUCCACCAGAAAGCAGCUCUCUAGUCAUAAAGUCUAGCAUAAACUCCACCACUCCACGACCUGAUGGCUCCAGUAAGCCUGUGAAGGACAAGGAGUCCAAUCGCAGGCCAAUGGUCGUAGUUAUUAGUAUGCAGAAGGAAACCUUGUUAAAUGAAUCAGAUGUGAAGCCUCCAGAGAUCCGAGACAGUGCCGCCCAAACCAGUGAGCCACCCAGCCCAGCACAGCCCAGCAGCGACAGAAUUUAUUUGCUGGAAAAGCUCGAGAAACUUAAUGAGGAGAUGCAGGAGCGACAGAAACAUCAGCAGCAGCAAAAUGAAAAGGAUAUGAUGAAGCAGAUCCGUCUUCAGAAGCGUAUCCUGGAAGAACAACGUAGGCAUUUCGGCCAAUACGAGAGGGAGAUGUUUGAGAAGCAGAGAUCUGAGGCUCUGCAAAGGAUUGAGCAGAGUAGACAAGACAGUUCUGGAGGAAAGCCAGCCAUGGACAGAGGUCCUGCUCCCAUAGCCCAGCCGGAGCCUGACCUCACCUCCCAACCUCAGGUCCGGGAAAAUGAAGUUGCUCCUUCAAUAUUCAAAGACCAGCCAAAGGACACCCGAAAGGUACCAGAAGGGUGGGCACCCAAAUUGACUCUGGAGUCCAGAGGUGAUGAAACUAGGAGAAUAAUGAAGAAUCCGUCCACUCACAGCACCAACAUUAACAUGACAGAGAGGUCUGGAAACCUAUUCUUUUCUCCAAAGGCCAAGGAUUCCCUCUCGAAAUUGGAUAAGGACUUUGUCAAGCAAGGGAAAGCACCAGGAGUCCAGAGUGAAGUAACCGUCUUGGGUUACAAGUCAACAAAGGCUCGUGAGGUCGGCCGACCUGGUCAUAAAAAAGCCCGCAUGGCACGGACGCGCAGUGACUUCCUGACCCGUGGUUCAAAUGCUCCGGGUGAGGGGGAGUCAGAGAAAGAGGAGUAUGAUGAGACCCCUCUAUCUCCAGGCACACCCCUCCCCAAACAGGACUCGGAGGAGAGCGCACUAGAGGCUUGUCACAUUGACUCUGAAAUGCUGCCCACAGCCACUGAAGAACAGAAAAACGUGCAUAAAGCCAUGCCAUCUGGAGACCUGGGCAAAGACACCAUGAGGAAGAUCUCUGGAGAUGGAAGGGUACGUGGAAAAAUGCGAUUCUGGGCAAAGACAAAGCAUGGAGAGAAGAAGCCAACGAGAGAGCGGCUGGUGUGUGGCAGUGAUACUCUGGACGGAGACGACGCUGAAACUGCACUUCUAAUGGAAGAAGGAGUGGAGUGCCUGUCCCCACCUCGAAGCCCAGAUCUGACCUUACAAAGGGAGUUCAAAGAAAACAAAGAGCCGUCCCCUAAAGUGAAGCGUCGACGCAGUGUGAAAAUCAGUAAUGUGACUCUAGAGCCCGCACAGUGGCAGAACGAUGCACGGCAGAUACUCACAUGUGCCAAUGACUACAGGAGCAUGAAUGACUUCCUCAUGAAGAAGAUCACAGAUUUAGACACAGAAGACAGUAAGAAGGACACCAUGGUGGAUGUUGUGUUCAAAAAGGCACUUAAGGAGUUCCGCUUGAAUAUCUUCAACUCCUACUCCACAGCUUUAGCUAUGGACGAUGGAAAGAGCAUUCGUUAUAAGGAUCUCUACGCCCUCUUUGAGCAAAUCCUGGAGAAGAACAUGCGUCAAGAGCAAAGGGACUGGUGCGAGUCGCCGGUGACAGUCUGGGUCAACACCUUCAAAGUGUUCCUCGAUGAGUUCAUGAUGGAGCACAAACCUCUGGACAGCAGUGUGAGCAAGGCCCCUAAACCAGACCGCAAGAAGAGAAGGAAAAAGGACACUGAUAUUGUGGAGGAACACAACGGCCACAUCUUCAAGUCGACUCAGUACAGCAUUCCCACCUACUGCGAGUACUGCUCAUCCCUCAUCUGGAUGAUGGACAAAGCGUGUGUCUGUAAACUGUGCCGGUAUGCCUGUCACAGAAAGUGUUGUCAGAAGAUGACCACCAAAUGCAGCAAGAAGUUUGACCCUGAGCUGUCGUCGAGGCAGUUUGGUGUGGAGUUGUCCCGUCUUACCAACGACGAGCGAACGGUGCCUUUAGUGGUAGAGAAACUCAUCAAUUACAUUGAAAUGCAUGGCCUCUAUACUGAAGGCAUCUACAGGAAGUCUGGGUCCACCAAUAAGAUAAAGGAGCUAAAGCAGGGUCUGGAUACAGAUGUAAACAGCAUGAAUCUGGAUGACUACAAUAUUAAUGUGAUUGCCAGCGUAUUCAAGCAGUGGUUGCGUGAUUUGCCUAAUCCUCUCAUGACCUUUGAACUGUAUGAGGAAUUCCUGAGGGCCAUGGGCCUUCAGGACAAGAAAGAAGUGAUUCGAGGUGUUUACUCUGUAAUCGACCAGCUCAGCAGAACUCACCUGAACACACUGGAGCGGCUCAUUUUCCAUCUGGUCAGGAUUGCCCUGCAAGAGGAGACCAACCGCAUGUCUGCUAAUGCGCUGGCCAUUGUGUUUGCCCCCUGCAUCCUGCGCUGCCCCGACACCAUCGACCCUCUGCAGAGCGUUCAGGACAUUGGCAAAACCACAGCGUGUGUGGAGCUGAUCAUUUGCGAGCAGAUGAAUAAGUACAAGGCCAGACUGAAGGACAUCAACACUCUGGAGUUUGCAGAGAGCAAAGCCAAGAGUCGGUUAACGGUCAUCCGAAGGUCCAUGGGUAAAAGUCAAGUGCAAAGGGUGAGGUAUCAAACACCAUCUCCUCCAGUGAGUCCACGAUCUCCGACCGCUCCGGAGCUGAUGCAGGAGAUUGGAGAUGAGGAAGCCGGCAGAGUUCCAGAGACCUCUGAGCAUCAACAUGUCGCCAUGCAGCAGGAAGAGAGAGUUCUGACUGAACAGAUUGAAAGCCUGCAGAAAGAGAAGGAGGAGUUGACGUUUGAGAUGCUGGCUCUGGAGCCGCGAGCAUCAGAUGAUGAGACGCUGGAGUCGGAGGCCUCUAUAGGUACAGCAGACAGCUCUGAAAACCUCAAUGUGGAUUCUGAGGGAGCCGCCUCGGACUUCUCUGAGCGAGGCCCAGCACUGGUCACCUCGAGGCCCAAGAAGUCCGAAGGCAAAGGCAGACCAUUUCUGCGGAAACAGCCUGAAUCCCUGGACUCCGUAGAUUCCAGUUCCACCGUCUCCUCUGUGUCGUCUUCCUACGUGCACCCAGCCACACGAACCCACAGGUUACGUUUCCGCUCCAAGUCGCCUUCAUCUAGACUAUAUCUAUCCAGCCUGGACCAACCCGAGCAGGACGGAGAGGAUACGCCGCAGUUCACCAGUCGUGGCACGUUCAACCCAGAAAAAGGUAAGCAACGGCUGCAGGGUGCCAAGAACUCCCUUCAGAGGUAUCCUGAACAUGGUGGAGGCCAGAAGAGGGACCCAGACUUACCGCCCCAACAGAUGGUGGUGUACGGCAGCAACGAGUUCAUGGUGUAAAGUCCACGAGAUGACACGUCCAUCCCUCCCUGCCUGCUCACUCGUGUUCACGUUUGCCGCAUUACAGUCCUUAAGUGCCAUGUUGCCUGGAAAGAAAAGAGCUGGGCUCUGCUGAAGACGCCGUUGACGGAUCUGUGGGUGUAUGUGUGCGGUUUUGCGAUUUUGGGGAACGCAGGGCAAAAGGAAUGCUGUGGAAUAUUCUCCUCUGGACUUUGGCAGCUUCGUGACUGUGAUUUACGAGGUCGAAAGGCAAGACAAGGAGGCAAAGCCAUUGACGAACUCCCUGAAUCUAAGCUUAACUAUGGGCUGCUUUAACGUUUACAAUGUAGAACCAUGUAAGCAGCGUUCUCUACGAUGUUUUUGCCCCUUAAGCCUAUUUAAUAAAUUUUAUUUACAUGGAGUAUAUAAAUAUAUUAUGUGAUAUAAAAUGUAUAAAGCCAGAGCACCAGUGACUGCUGGGUUGUUUAAUUCAUACUGUAUAUUAUAUCUUGUAUCUGUCAUGAAUGCAUUAGAGAGAGAGGUGAGGAAGUUGGUUUUGUGUGGAUGUGUGAAUGAAGUUUGUGCUGCUUUUUGUGUUGUGCUUGGAGGGAAAUGAUGCCAUUUAAAGGGACCAAGUGAACUGGUGUUUUAAUGCCAGAGGAUCCCAGCGUAUAUUGAAGACUCCGAGGUCUUCCAAAUCGCCAAAUAGUGUAUUACAUCACCUCUCAAUGACCAUCCAUCCAUCCAUUGUUUGGAUCCAUUCAUACUCAGAAAUAUGUUUUCUUUCCUGUUUUGUGUGCUCAUAUCUGCCUCAAUCAUGCUCUAAGAAACCAGUGUUACUAUACAAAACCGCAGCUACAAGAUCACUAUUGUUACUUGCAUUAUUUUAGAUAACGUCUUAUAAUAACGAAUUUCUUUGGAUCAUUCACACAAUGCAAAUAUAAAGUCCCCUUGUCAGAAGAUGACUUAAAUACUACUUUAAUAUAUUACAAAACUGUCUCUUCUCUCUGUAGAGGAUGUGUGAUAUCUCAUUCUUUUCAUUAGCCGUGUUGGCAUAUUUUGUGUCUCUCCAUCGCUAGUUAUUGGUGUCGUCAUUUAACCUUCACAAAAUGCUAUCGCAAGCCCUUUUGACAGAUUCAUGUGCAGGAUAUGAACUAUAGAUAUCUAUAAUAAAACAUGUAACUAGUUAAAAUGCUAAUUAUUGAUAUCAGCGAAGGAAUUGCUACUAGUGAUGAUGCUUUUGUUUUAUAUCAAUAUUACGUUGGCGCUUGGGAAAAUGACAUCACUCCUGGAAAUACCCAUUCUUUAUAUAAAACAUUACAUUUCAAUAUAUGUUUUUAUAUAUUUUCUUUUUUUGUAACUGCAUUUGCACUUGGAGAAAAUCAUUCACUCCUGUUCAAAAUGCAAUUACUAAAAUGUAUUUCUGACUAGCUCAAAUUCCAAAUAAACAAAUCAGCGAUGUACUUUUUAGUAGUAAACAUUAUAACUUUUGAUAUCAAUAAUUAUAAUUGCAAAUGUCCAUUCCUGGUAUCAACUA